GGACCAUCACCCCCCCCAGCGCUCAACUGUUGAGCAGACGACUCAGAGAGGAGCGUGAGCACAGAGCUCCCAGUGCCCAGUGAGAACACGGACCCUGAUGGAGGAGGAGGUGGGAGGAGGCAGCUGGACUAUGGGGGGCCCCGAACGGCCCCUGAAACACGGGUUCAAGAGGAGGAGGAAAAGACGUUGUCAAGGCCUUCGAAGCAGGACCCUGGAAACCCCUCCGGGCAACGGGAGGACCUUGGGAACAGCGGAACAUCCAGAUAACUACAGCCAUGGAACCGAGAACCAGAACCAUGACGACCAACAGAGGCACCGUCCGACAGCUUCCUGCGCCGCCGCCCCCAGAACCCAGCAGACCGCCGUGUGGAGGAGUCAGCCGGCGCCGGUCCGAGGGGACCAGGUCCUCAACGCGAGACGGCCCAGCGUCAGGCGAGCCUCCUGGGCCGUGAGCCAGAAGAGUGCCCUGGUUCAGCUCCACGAGCUCCAGCCGGGCCUGCAGUACCAGACGCUGUCCCGGACCGGCCCGGGCCACGCCCCGCUGUUCUCCGUCGGCGUGGAGGUCCACGGGCGCUGCUUCGAGGGCCGGGGCUCCACCAAGCGACAGGCCAAGAGGAGGGCGGCCGAGUCGGCUCUCGGCUCCUUCAUCCAGCUCCCCAACGCCCCCCAGGCCCAGGCCGCCCUGGCCCGCUCCUCCCCUGGCCCCGUGGACUUCACGGCUGACAGGGUGGACGCCGCCGGGGCUCUCCUGGUCCGGUUCGACCCUCCAGGGGCCGAGCCCGGUGACGGGCCCCUCCCCGGGUCCAGCAGCAGCAGACGGGCCGGCCGGCUGACCCUGGGUCAGCUCUGCUCUGAGAAUCCCAAAGUCCAGGAGCACCUUCCCAGAUGUCCCCCAGAGCCGCCCGGUCCGGUGGACCUGCUGGCCCGGCGCCACCCGGGGCUCCGGUGGGCGUGCCUCGUGGAGCGGGGGCAUGGCAGCGCGGUCGGGGGGUUCCUGACGGUGCUCUGGGUGGAGGGGAGGGUCUUUGAGGGCCGUGGUCGCAGCAGACGACUGGCCAAGACCCGGGCGGCAGCGACGGCCCUGCAGGCACUCCACAGCGUUACCAUGGAGACGGAGAGAAAGCUGCUCGGCAUCACCCCCUGUAACGCUGCCACCCAGUUACCUCAGCUCUUCUCAGAGGCCGUGUUCGACCUGGUGAGAGAGAAGUUCGCCGAGCUGACCCACAGCUGGGGCUCUACCUCGCACGCCCGCCACAAGGGCCUGGCUGGGGUGGUGAUGACCCGAGGGUUCUCCCUGCGGGGGGCCCAGGUGGUGGCCCUUGGCUCCGGGACCAGGUGUUUGUCUGGGGGGGCCCAGAGGGACCAGGGCUGGGCGGUCAACGACUGCCACGCCGAGGUCAUGGCCCGGCGGGCACUGGUCGGGUUCCUCUACACCCAGCUGGAGCUGUUCCUCCUGGGCCCGCGAGCGGAGGCCAUGGAGCGGGCGGAGGACUCGGUAUUCAGAGAGGGUCCGGGCGGGGUCUUCAGGCUGAAAGAGGGCCUCCUCUUCCACAUGUUCGUCAGCUCCUCGCCCUGUGGAGACGCUCGCCUCCACUGCCCCUACGGGACGGCCGCCAUGAACCUCCAUGGCAACAAACCGGCACGGAGAUUCCACUGUCGCCUCCGCAUGAAGACUGCAGGAGGAGAGGGAACACUUCCUGUGAGGCAGCAGCCCAGAGCCAAUCAGGAAGGAGGGGUGAAGUCACCGGGUCAACCUCUCAUCACCAUGUCCUGCACCGACAAAAUAGCCAGGUGGAGUGUGCUGGGCCUGCAGGGUGCACUGCUGUCCCAGCUGGUGGAGCCGGUAUACCUGUUCAGUCUGACGGUUGGGGGGCUCGGUCACACCGGACACCUGGCCCGGACCCUAGCCCGCCGCACGGCUCACCUCCGACACUUGGCCCUGCCCUACCGCCGGACCCUGCCGCGCCCAGGCUGUGUGUCCGGCAGCGAGCCCCGCCCAGGGGGGCGGUCCCCCGACCUCAGCCUCAACUGGACCCUGGGGGCCGGGGGACCGGAGGAGCUCAGCACCUCCUCGGGCCAGAGGUCCGGUGGCGGGGGGGCGUCCCGCCUCUGCCGCCGUUCGCUGUUCGCCCGAUGGCGGCGUCUCCAGCAACAGACUCUCUCUCAGCUGAAGGGAGAGUCGUGGUCUGAGGACUCGUCGUCAUCGAUGACCUAUUCCGGCUCCAAGAUGGAGGCCGGCCGGUACCAGAGCGCGCGGCGGCGGUUCGAUGCGGCUCUGCGCGCCGACGGGCUCGGACCCUGGCCAGGGAAACCCCCCGAGCUCAGCGGGUUCUCCGUCGGCGUGUGAUUCACGGUUAAUAUGACGGGUUACGAGUUUGGAGUCUGGUCGUCGUUCAUUCAGAGUGGUGACUUGUAAGACUAGGCCCCUGCCACUUAGUAGAAUGGGAAAAAAUCUGGCUGUGCAACUGUGUGCUGCGAUCUAGCCUAGCUAGCGUAGGAAGCCUAGCUAGCGUAGCUCGUGUUUUGGGAGAGUUGAUAGUACGAUUCUUGAAAACAAUGAGAGAUUUACCGGCUGGCAAGUAUUUCUCAAUUGUAAAAUAUAUCAGUUUCUAGGAUGGGAUUUUAUUGGUUACAUUAUGAAAUCACUCUAUUGUAAAGUCAAUAAUCUAUAAAUCAAUCAAUUAACAUUGACUACAGAUAUGUCCAGGAUUUUGUAAGCUAUGAGCUAGCUUAAAUGCUAAGAAAUACACAUUUUUAUUUCAGAAUCGUUCGUAGCUUCGUGCUCAAUAGCCAAAGAUUAAUACUAUCCUUUUAAACUUUUAUAUCUAAAUAGUUAAAUGAUUUGUAUUUGUAUUUUAGAUUGAAAUGGGCGAUGUUACACUCCUAAGUUUACACAACUUGGAUUUUAAGAUAACAGAUUGAUGUAUUCGUAUUUUCAUAAGAACAUUCCACUUACCUACGUAUGUCUUCUUUGUUGUUAUUUUACUCAUAUGAUUGAUGCUAAGAUAUGUGUAACCAACAUCUUUAAUUUACUCAAGUAUUUACGAAUUAUAAUUUGGCGGUUGAUGCUCGUUGACUGUGGUUAGGCAAUGAGGGCAAGUGACGGCGCCGCCUGGUGGCGGGAGUCAGCCGGCCGCGUUAGCAUCAAUUAUUAAUCUUCUUAAUUAUGCUAAUCAAAUAAUAUAGUUUUUUACAAUUAUAUAAUUACUUAGUGUAGUGAUAUUUUACAAAUAACUAUUCCCUUCUUUUUUUUAUCCAUAAUGAAUACUGUAUAUUAGGUUUUAGGAAUUUAAAAGCCAGCUAUUAAUUGAUAAGGUUUAUUUGUGCAAAUACUGAUUUUGAUGUAGGUUUAUAGAGGUAAUAAACAGGGCUAGAAAAACAAUGUUUACUACAAUUAUCAAGGCAAUAAACCCUAUUUCUUACCCAUUUAUGUUCCUUUAUAUUUUCACACAAUAAAUUAACAGACAAGAUUGAGUCCCUCAA